UGCGCGGAAGGGAGGGCUUUGACCGAGAUUAGUCGUAAGAGGGAGUUCUCAUAGCUCAGGCGGUCAUUACGGCUACUGGGCGUCUCAUUGCAGAAAGCAGUGAGACCCAACACAAGCUUGAGGAGUGGCAUCUCAUCUUCUGUCUGGGCACGUGGCAUCUGGACUAAAAAGUAAAUUCACAGAUUGAGGAGUGUUGGCAUGGAGGCAGCCUGGUGCUGGGUAGGCGACCACGUUGGCUUCUGUGGUACGAUCAAGAACUCUGCCAGUGAUUUUGUGGUGACAGAGAUUGAUAUGUGUGGAAGGUUGGUCAGUGACAUUCGAGCUGAUGGUGCCCUGGAAACUUGCCCCAUUAACUACAGAUCCCAUCCAACACCCAGCAAAAGGCUAAAGAAAUGGGAAAGUUCACCAGAAAGUGAUGAUGAACAGACAAGCAUUGAUAAAUCUGAGGAUUCCACUGUUGUAGGCAGCAAAAUCAGCCAGACGACUAGUUGUGGGUUGUCAGAGCCUGCACUUAAUUCCCCCCCAGCAGAAACGGGAGGAAGGACCGUAGAGAUGCUUUUGGGCAGCUCGAUAGCCGCAUCGUUAGAGCAGUUUGCAAUUUCAGCUAAAGAAAGCCAGCCCACAAAGGGGGAAAGUGAGGCGACAUUUUCACUUGGGACUUUCCAAGAGAAAAGCCAGCGAGCAGCUGUCCACUUAGCUGUACGGAAAAGAUUUCCCUUCCUAAAGACUGUUACCAGCAGCACUGAGAUUCGAGUCAGGCUGGAUACACAGUACACUAAGCUCUGUCAGCUGGUGUCUGAGAAGGAGGCGGAUGGCUUUUUCCGCUUCUUGGAUUCGAAGGACAGAACUUCCAAGUUUUCUUUUCAGCCUGAUGGAAACAAGGAACAUCGGAAGGCUGUCCACCAUUUUGUAAGCCGAUAUUUUGGGAAACUACUGGAAACUAAAAGCUUUUUGGAGCAAGUUAAUGGAAGGCAGGGUGAUGCAGUGAUCACUGUGAGGUUUCGAGACAAAAUUGUUAGUGGCAGGAAAAGAACUGAUGAAUGCCAAGCACUUUACACAGCAUUCACCCUGUGCAAGGUGAACAUGGAAACUCUGGAUGCGGUCGCUUGCUUGGCCUCUGAACUUGGUGUGGUACCGUCAGACUUCAGCUACGCAGGCAUCAAAGACAAGAAAGCUAUAACUUCCCAGACCAUGGUCGUGAAGGAUGUGACAAUCAACAGGUUAAAAGCAAUUCAGUCAUCGAUCCAAAACAAAGAUUUGAAAAUAUAUAACCUGCGCCCUGCAACCCAGCACUUGCAAAUUGGACAACUGAAAGGAAACCAUUUUAGUAUCAUCUUAAGAAAUGUCAGCAAGUGCCUGGAAGAUGAUCCUGAAGCAAGUCUGACUGAAAGGGUGUUUGAUGCCAUUGAGAAUAUCAAGGAGAAAGGAUUUGUGAACUACUACGGGCCUCAGAGGUUUGGCCUGGGACAGAACGUUCAAACAGAUCAGAUCGGUUUAGCUCUCCUCAAGCAGAACUUGGUGAAAGCUCUACAUUUAUUCUUUACACCAGAAGAAGGAAAUGACCCUGUUAAUAAGGCCAAGAGGCAUUUUAUUCAUACUGAGGAUGCCAAAGCAACUCUUGCCCUGAUGCCCAAGUACAAAACAAGAGAGCGACUGGUGCUGCGUGCAUUGAAUCGCUAUGGCAAUGGUCACGAAGGCUGUACGCGGGCUUGGCUAAGUUUGCCACACAACAUGCGCAUCUUGUACAUCCACUCGUAUUGCAGUAAGAUCUGGAACGAAGCUGCAUCCUUCCGCUUGAAAACCUAUGGCAUGAAUGUUGUGGAGGGGGACCUGGUCAGCUGUGAUAGACUGGAGCAAGAUGACUCAUCUCAAAAUAACCAUGUGCAUGUGGUGACAGCCAAAGAUGUGGAAUCAAGCACUUACUCCAUUGACCAGGUUGUUCUCCCCAUGCCUGGCUACAGCAUCCGGUAUCCCUGCAACAAACUAUCUUCAUGGUACCAAGAAGCUUUGGUGCAAGAUGGGCUGGAGAUGAGCAGAUUUAGAAUCCCCGCGCUGCAACUGAACGUUCCGGGAUGUUAUCGGGCGCUCCUAGCACGGCCUCACGAACUUGUGUAUUGGUGGUUGGGAGGUGAAGAGGAGCUCUGUGCAAAGGAAGACUUUGCUAUCGGUGAAUCCAAGCUGCCGCCGAAAACAGGAGAAGCUCUUUCUUUGUCGUUCAGCCUGAAUUCAUCAAGCUAUGCCACAGUGUGUCUUCGGGAAAUAAUGAAAUGCAGUGUAUAAUUCAAUGUACACUAUGCUCUUUGACAGAGUCACUGCUGCAGCUGUCAGAGAGCCAGGUAACACCUUUGGGAUAUAAAGUAUUUACUUUGAGAGACAGGGUCCAUGGGUUUAUAUUUAUGGACUGUGUGAAUAUUAACUUCUCUCAGCAGAAUGAGUACGACAGUGCUGCAGAUUCUCACAGCCUAAAAGGUAGGAGAAAUCAGGUGGAGGAGUGUUCAAAACAGGGUUUAGAACUCAGGAUGAAUUGUCUGUCAGACAGCACGCUAAGCAGGUUUGCCCCCUCACCUAGAAAUACUGUAGCCCAAGGAAAACCAAGCAACACGAAAGGGGAUAAAAGCAUAAUCACAAGGGAGAUGCCUCAGAGGAAUCAAGAAAUGCUGAGGGACGGGAUUAUAUAUUUAAGAUUGGAGUAUGUGCCAUUUAGUUAUUCUGUAAUCACUUGAAUCUGUACCUUUCUGCAGUCUUGCACUCUAGCCUCUGUCGGCCUUGGCCAACAACUGAUGGCUCAGGUAAUCAGUGAAUUUACCUUUUUUAAAUAUUAAAAUAGGAAAGGGCAGUAUGCUCAACUUGAUAAGCUUAACUAUGAUUUUCUAUAAGAGAUGUGCACUCUGGUUGGCUGUUGAGGGUACAUUGCAUGUCCAAAUCGUGAUACAACCUGUUACAUUGAAUAUAGAACAUACUGUAAAACAUUACAGCGGAGUAUAGGCCCUUCAGCCCAUGAUGUUGUGCAGACUUUUCAACCCCACCCUAAGAUCAAUCUGAUCCUUCCCUCCAACAUGGCCCUCCAUUUUUCUAUCAUCCACGUGCCUACCUAGCAUCUGCCUCUAUCACCACUCUUGGCAGGACGUUUCAGGCACUCACCAUUCUUUGUAUAAAGAACUUAAUUGCCGCCCUAUAAUUUCCUCCAAUCGCCUUAAAAUUAUGCCCCUUGUAUUAGCCACUUCCACCCUGGAAAAAAGUCUCUGGCAAUCCACUCUAUCAGUGCUUUUCUUAAUAUUCAUAUUUCAGAAGAUUAGGAGCAGAGAUAAUAGAGGUAUUAGAAAUGACCAAUGCAAAAGAGUGGAAAUAUUUCCCAUGGUGAUUUAGUUCACAACAAACUGCAAAUCUUAACAGUGAAAUUGUGCCAUCCAGUGGUGCUGUCAGGGAACAUUUCCUCACACAAAAUUUGAAACUCCUCCAAUUUGACAUUUGAAUUUCCUCCAAUCCUAUCUCCUUUCUCUCCUGUCCCCAAAAGAAAAUGGCUGAGGUGAAAUUGGUUGAAAAUAUAAAAACUGCUAUUAUUAGGUGUGGCAGUUAAGGAGAUGAAUAAUCUGUUGCUGACAAAGUUCACAAGGUUUAGUUUGAACAGAGACAAAAUUGUUGUGUUACUUCUUCCUUCAGAAUCCCAGUUGUGUUUCCCACAGUAAUUCUUUGAAAGGUAUUGGAUUCAAUGAAACAAAGUGAUGCACUCCAUAGCAAGGUUGAAUGGCAAAUAAAAUGUUUCCUUGAGCAGGGAGAGAGUAUGGCACUAAUGCCCACUUGUACAUUUAAACAAUAGCAGUGUCAUUGUGUGAUAUUUUCAGGAACCAGCGAAGGCAUUGUGGUGUAUGUGUGAUCGAGGAGCUGGAGAUUUGAUACGCAUUCUGCUUCAGCUGCAUGCAAUCCAGCUCUUCCUCUCCACAGCAUUAGUAUUGACAUGGGACUGAAACAAACUUGAGGUGUGAGUGUACCCACAAUUAUAGCAUCUGUGAGCUAUUCUCUAUCAGCAGAAGGUACUGGGACAAGGAGUUGACACCAGUUUAAAAAUUAGAGGCAAGUUGCUGCUUCACGUGGAAAGAGUGGAUGGUGGGGAGUGAAGGGUUGGAAGGGCAUUUGCAUAGAGAGUACUUCGAGAAGGGAAGCAAGUAUUAGUGGACAAGGAAGAAUGAAGUUAGACCUUGUGAAGUUAGACCCUUGGGAUUUUCAGUAAAGGAGGAAAUAUCCGCUUGGUGAUAGCAUCCCAUGAGGUACAGGAAGCUGUGGAGGAUGAGGGCAGGGUGUGACGGCUAUUUGGAUGUAAAGGCUGGUGGGAUAGGAAGUGAAGGCAAGGAAAUCCGAUCCUUAUUUUAGAAAUGUUGAGUACAAAAGUGUGGAAAUUGGAGCAGUCACGGUUGAGGGUUCUGUCAUCUGUGGUAGAUGGAGUGCACAGUUGAGAAAGGAAGACAUUGAAAGCAGUAGUGUGAAGGAGAAUUGAGUAGUGGAAUGGAGUCUGAGAAGAAACAAGGAAGGAAGAAAUGUCAUCAAGAUAGCCAUGAGAGUUAGUUCCGCAAACUUUCAGAAAUCUGUCGUUGCUUCCUACAUUGUUGUAUUGUGUUCUACGUGAGUUUGAGGAACACCACUUCUUCUUGCAGCAUUUCUGUUUUUAUUUAAGAUCUCCAGAACUUCCUCCAUUUUACUCUGGUAAUUGUGGACAAAUGAUCUGAGUUUACAACUCCAAACCUUUGCCCUAUUUGAACAGCAACAAGUAAUCUGCUAGAAGAACUCAGCAGGUUGAGCAGCGUCUGUGGAAGAGAAGGAAUUGUCUAAGUAAGGCACUACCUUGCCCUAUUUCACAUUGUGCUCUUAUUCCAUUGGUUAUUUCAUUCUCUUCCCUGCCAAACUUUGCUUCCCACCGUUCUCUGCUUGUUUUUCCAAACUCUGGUGAAGCAUUAACUCGUCUUUCCUCAACACAGCAUCUCCAGCCUUUUCUGCUCUUGUUCUAUAUUUUCAGGAUCUGCAGUACUUGCUUUUGUUAAAACAUGCAUUCCCAUUCAAUGCUACAGAUUUAGAAAUAAACCCUGGUGUUUUUAUGGUGUUGACAGUCAGUGCUGAUUAUUGGCGACCAGUGGGUUUGACUGGACUGAUCCUGAUACAGAGAUACAAACCACACUUGUGCACAGAUAAGCUAAAUUUAUUGUGGCUGCAAGACUCCCAAGGUUUCUAUAUUGCUACCUCAAUGCGUUCCAGGAGAAGUGGUGGCCAUGAGUGUUGAUGAGACCACAAUCUGCUGAGAGUAAGACCAGGCCUAAUGCAGCACCUUGAUAUCCAUCGGAUAGCUUGUGGUGAAACAUCUUUUCUGUGUCUCCUAAUGAGCAGAGAUAGUUAGAAAUAGUUGGGGGGGGGGGGAUUUAAAUAAUGAAAAAUAGAAAAUGCUGAUUUCAAAACACAAAACUGCCAGUAACUAAUUACAAACAUUUAAUUACAGCAUAAAAGAAAACAGAAAGAUUUGUACACAUGAAUGAAAACAUUCGGAACAAGAGUAGGACAUCUCAGGCAUGCCCGCCAUGUAGUAACAUUCGAGCUGAUCAAAUUCUGGCUAAAUUCCAGCUAUGGUUGGAGUAACUUUGAUGAGUCAGAUAUGAAGCACAGUUCUUUGGCUCAAUCCCUGCACUCUGGCACAUCAUGGCCUUGCCACUCCCCGUCUGUGAGUUACAGCUAUAGUUUACAUCAUUAUGAUGAUGAUUAUGAGGACAUGAAGUCCCCUUUUAUUGUCAUUUAGUAAUGCAUGCAUUAAGAAAUGAUAAAAAUAUUUUUCCAGAAUGAUAUCACGAAAACACAUGACAAACCGACUUAAAAAAACUAACAAAAACCACGUAAUUAUAACAUAUAGUUACAACAGUGCCAAGGAAUAAUGUAAUUUGAUAAGAACAGACCAUGGCACAGUAAAAGUCUCAGAGUCUCUCAAAGUGACAUCAUCUCACACAGACGGUAGACCCCCAGCGCCGCCAACUUGCCGAUGCAGUACUCCUGAGGUGGUUAGGUGGAUUAGUUGUGGACAGGGGUCCAGUAGAAUCACUUUAAAGUGGCGGCAGCAUUUUGAAGCAACACACAUAAAAGUUGCUGGUGACUCGGCCUGAAACAUCGACUGCACCUCUUCCUAGAGAUGCUGCCUGGCCUGCUGCGUUCACCAGCAACUUUUAUGUGUGUUGCUUGAAUUUCCAGCAUCUGCAGAAUUCCUGUUGUUGGCAGCAUUUUGAAUGUCAUUUACUAGAUGGAAACCCAGGUGUGUGUAAACAGGUGUGGGAAAUAAAGCCUGCAGGUUGAGUUUGUUACUGAUUAUUGCUGUUAAGUUGUCAGUAGCAUUUAAAUCAAUGAAGGGAAGUUGGCUGGAAGCUAGCAUAUUGGUUGCUUUUUUUAGAAUCAUAACUGCCUCAAGGACCUUGGCUACAUUGGGGUGCGAGUAGGAGGUCACAUAAAUCAGAUGUGUAUUUGAUUAUAUGUCAGCCUCACCACUGGUCUUAGAGCCCAUAGAUAAAGUUAAAGCUCAAGCAUUGAGGUUAUGUUGUGGUGCUAUUAAAUCCUCCCCAUUUUCAACAUUACUGGUAGAAAUAGUUGAAUUACAUUUAUAUCUAUGCAGAUUACCAGCAGCAAUGGUUUAUUGGGUUAACAUAAGAGGACAUAAAAUUUCAUCCAGUAUUGCCAACAUUAGUAGAGUGUUGAGAACACUUCAAUUGUAAGGUCUUCAGUUUUUGGUAUGAGAAAUGAAUGGUUCCAAAUCUUGGGUUGUUUAAUGUGGAAUAUGGUCCCAUCUACCCCUUUCUGGGUUUUCCUUUUGCCAGUGGUUGAUUUAAGCCUUCAAGAAAAGACCAAGAUGAAGGUUGAUUGUAUAUCAGUGGUACAGAUACUCUAGCGACAUAUGCAAGGCAGACAUAAUGGUUUCUUAUGUAUCUACACAGAUGGUUCAAAAGAUCCAGUGGCAGGUUGUUCAGAUGUUUCUGCUUAUGUCCCAAAAUUUCAGGUGACUAUUGAGAAAAGAUUAUUGAAUUGAAUUGACUUUAUUACUUACAUCCUUCAUAUACACGAGGAGUAAAAAUCUUUACGUUACAUUUCAGUCUAAAUGUGCAAUUUAUAGUAAUUUAUAAUAAAUAAUAUGUACAACAGGAUAGUCGAUAUAACAUAGAAAUACAGUUGUGUCAGCAUGAAUUAAUCAGUCUGAUGGCCUGGUGGAAGAAGCUGUCCCGGAGCCUGUUGGUCCUGGCUUUUAUGCUGCUGUACCAUUUCCCGGAUGGUAGCAGCUGGAACAGUUUGUGGUUGGGGUGACUCGGGUCCCCAAUGAUCCUUUGGGCCCUUUUUACACACCUGUCUUUGUAAAUGUCCUGAAUAGUGGGAAGUUCACAUCUACAGAUGCGCUGGGCUGUCCGCACCACUCUCUGCAGAGUCCUGCGAUUGAGGAAAGUACAGUUCCCACAUCAGGCAGUGAUGCAGCCAGUCAGAAUGCUCUCCAUCGUGCCCCUGUAGAAAGUUCUUAGGAUUUGGGGGCCCAUAUCAAACUUCCACAACUGACUGAGGUGAAAGAGGUGCUGUUGUGCCUUUUUCACCAUACAGCUGGUAUGUACAGACCACGUGAGAUCCUCAGGGACAUGUGUGUUGAGGAGCUUAAAGCUGUUCACCCUGUCAACCCCAGAUCCAUUGAUGUCAAUAGGGGCUAGCCUGUCUCCAUUCCUCCUGUAGUCUACAACCAGCUCCUUUGUUUUAGUGACAUUGAGGGAGAGGUUGUUUUCUUGACACCACUAUGUCAUGUGAUGACUUCUCUGUAGGCUGCCUCAUUAUUAUUUGAGAUUAGGUCAAUCAGUGUAGUGUCGUCAGCAAAUCUAAUUACUAGAUUGGAGCUGUGGGUGGUGACGCAGUCAUGGGUAUACAGAGAGUAAAGGAGGGGGCUUAGUACACAGCACUGAGGGGCACAUGUAUUGAGGGACAGAGUUGAGGGAGCCCACUCAUACCACCUGCCGGCGAUCUGACAGGAAAUCCAGGAUCCAGCUACACAAGGCAGGGUGAAGGCCAAGGUUUCUGAGCUUCUUGUCGAGCCUGGAGGGAAUUAUGGUGUUGAAUGCUGAACUGUAGUCCAAGAACAGCAUUCUCACAUAAGCAUCCUUCUUCUCCAGCUGUGUAAGGACAGUGUAUAGAGCUGUGGCUAUUGUGUCAUCUGUCAAUCGGUUGUAGGGGGUCCAGUGUAGGUGGUAGCAUGCUGCAGAUGUAGUCCUUGACAAGCUUCUCAUGCUUAUUAUUGGGGUGAAUGCGACAGGACGCCAGUUGUUCAGACACGUUACCUUGGUCUUUUUAGAUACAGGAUCAAUGGUGGAUGUUUUGAAGCAGGAAGGCACUCUACACUGGGAGAGGGAGAGAUUAAAAAUGUCUGUAAACACGCCUGCCAGUUGUGCCACGUACAUCCUGAGUACCCGCCCCAGGAUGCCAUCUGGUCCUACAGCCUUGUGACUGUCCACUUGUUGGUAACUCCUGUGUACUUCGGCCUCAGAGAUGACCAAGCUGCAGGUCGCAUCAGCUGACUAAGGUCUCUCCGAAGUUUUGUCAACUCAUCUAGGUGAGCACACGGGGAGAUAGCAUACUCAACCGCUGCUACUUUCCCUUCCGCGACUCUUUCAAAAGCACUCCUUCACCCCCAUUUGGAAAAUCGGAUCACUCCUCCAUCUUGCUGCUUCCAAAGUACAGGCAGAAGUUGAAACCAGAGGCGGCCAUAGUUACAACCGUCCACUUUUGGUCCGACCAAUCAGCCUCCAUGCUACAGGACUUCUUUGAUGGGAUGCCUUCCAUGAUGAGGAUCUCGCCGAGUUCAUGGAUUGGGUCACAAGUUUCAUCUGGAAGUGCAUCAGUGAUGUUGUCCACUCAGAAGUUGGUCAGGGUCUAUCCAAACCAGAAACCCUGGAUCAACACUUCCGUGCGAGCAGCACUUACCAGGCGACACAGAGCUUACAUCGCUGGUAGUUAGCAGGAGCUCAAGAAACGCAGCUACGAUCUGUGCAAAGUCAUCAAGGCAGCGAAACAAUAAUACAGGGACAAGAUCCAGACACCACUUUCCACCAACAACAUGCGCAGCUUAUGGCAAGGUCUGCACACCAUUGCAGACUUGAAAGCUAAACACAGUGGAGUUUCCAACGUCGCUGCCUCUCUGCCAGACAAGCUAAGUCAUUUUUACGCUUGAUUCGAUGUUGCUAACAGUACUCACGUCUGAGAUGGUUGCUGUCAUGUUGAAAUGGGUCAAAGAGGUACGCCCUGAUUAUGUUCUUAGUUUUCACAUUCUUUCUGAGAUUGGACACCAUCUGUUGAGGCCGCAGGGUCCAUUUCUUAUGGGUCCUUCCUCAUGUUGGGGUUGAAGGAAAUGAGAUGGCAGACAAUCUAACCGAUCAAUCACUUAAAAUUAAGGAUGUAAGUGAGUGGUUCCUUUGCAUAAAGGGGAGGUGAAAGUCAUAAUUUAAAAAAUCUAUUUGAUCACUGUGGCGACAAAGUUGGGAUAAGGAAAAGAAAGGACGACAUUUAUGUGAAAUUCAGAGGAUGGUAGGAAGUCAACUGGGAGAUGGUUAUAACAGGAAGGAAGAAAUCAUACUUGCACAUUUACCUAUUGGAUGUACUAGGAUGAAUAGUUCCUUGUAUGGCAUUAAUAUGCAUGAUAUGUGCAUUUUUAGGGAGUGCACUUUUCAAGAAAUGGUGCAGUAUAUAUUGUUUAAAUAGUAGAAUACAUAAAUGCAAAGUCUAGGCAUGUGUGCAAAAAAGGCAGAGUGACUUUAAUUGGGGAUUUUAAUUUUGAUAGCUGUGGAAUAAGGGAAAUUACUCAUGCUGAACAUGUAGAGACUUUCUGAUGUGUAUUCAAAAUGGUUUUCAGCAUUCCAUCCAGGAAGCAGUGAGGAAGAGGAUAUACAGUAUUAGAUUGAAUAAAAAGCCAGCUUAAUUGUGCUUGUGCACUUAUUUUAUCAUGGUCAUAAUUUGACAUGCAGUAUAGUAUUUGAAAGAGAAAAAACAGGAAAUCUAUUAGUGUUCUGAAUUUAUGUUAGACUGACUAACAUGCAGUGAGGCUGGAGGCUGUCCACUGCACAAGUCUAUUAAUGAAUUAAAUGUUCAUCGGGGGCAUUCCUGAAAAGAAAUGAAAUGCUACACAGUUUUCCACCCUCCAUUUCUGCCUACCCAUGCUUCUUUCGCUUCUCUCUUUCUCCUCACUCUCCUGUCAUCACCCUCUUUCCCCUCUCCCUUGUUCACCCUUACCCUCAUGACAUACUGAAUUCACAUCAUUCUUCCAUUGUGCUCACAAUAGACCUCCCUUCCCUCCAUUUCCCUCACUUCCUCCAAGCUCCUUUGCCCACCGAACAUUGAUCCCCACCGAACCUCCUGACCAUGUUGACCCCACCAAUUCCCCAACUCUUGGCUCACACCAGCCCUCUCGCGUGCCUACUGCUCACCCUGACUCUUCUCCCACUACCCAAUCUAGACUGCUUUGCAGUCACACCAAGCAAACUUUGCUCUUCUUCCUCUUCCAAGACCUGGGAGAUGAGAGACUAUUAGGGAGGGAGGGAGCCAGAAGACAAAGGGAGAGGUUGAGCUGCUUGAGUGUUACUGGAAGCUGCAUCUAUCCAAGCAAUCACUGUGUCUGGAGAUGGUGGAAAGUCUUUGGAAUAACAGGAAGUGUAUCACUAACUGCAGGAUACCUUUAUGACUCACUACCUGACACUUCAGCUAGAAGCUCAAGACCAUUCAGGAUGAUGCAGCCUGCCAAAAAAAGCCUUCCAUCCACACCCUCAGUUUCAUUUUCUCCACCACCGGUGCUCUCUGGUUCCUUAGCAUGCCACCUACAAGAUCCAUUACCUGCCUAUACCACUGAGGGUGAUUUCAGGUCUGAGAUUGACGGAUAUUUGUUGGAUGUCAAGGGACAUAGAACCAAGUUGGGGAGAUGUGUUUAAUUGAUGCAGUUUGUGGAUUUGACUCUGUAGUUCAUGUUAUUAUGUGUUUCUGGUCACACCUUUCUGUUGGUAUUUUGUGUCAUUUUGAUUGGGACAGACUACUCUGCAGCCUAAAGUUAAUGAACGAGGUAGAGCUAGAUUGAACUAAACUGAGCUGAACUGAACAUCAAAGUUGCUGGUGAACGCAGCAGGCCAGGCAGCAUCUCUCGGCAUUCCUCGUGUGAACUGAAUAUGCCUGCUCUGGUUGGAUGACUUGUGGUUUGGUGUUUUAUUUUCUUUGUUUUUAGCUUGUGUUUUUUUUUGCAGUUUGCGCAAUUUUGUGCGAAGGAGUUUUAUUUUUUUUCCUUUGAAUGGGUCCCAUGGCUUUUCUUUCUUUGUUUCCUGGCAGGCUGAGAGAAGACGAGUCUCUGGGAUGUGUACUGCAUACAUAUUUUUAUAAUAAAUAAAUGUGCUUUGAACCUUUGAGCGGUGAGAUGACUUUCCAGGAUGUGAAUACUUUUCAAUCUUGCUUUAAACUCAGAUUGCCCUCCUCACAAAAAAACCCUAUGAAUGAUGCUGUGCUUUCUGAUCUUGUUUCAAAUGUUUCAAAGGUACAUUUACCGUCAGAGAAAUGUAUACAAUGUAUAUCCUGAAAUUCUUUUUCUUCGCAACCAUCCACGAAAACAGAGGAGUGCCCCAAAGAAUGAAUGACAGUUAAACAUUAGAACCCCAAAGCCCCCACCCCAGCUCCCCUCUCCCACGCGUAAGCAGUAGCAAAGCAAUGAUCCCCCUCCCCCACCACCAAAAAAAGUAUCGGUGCCUCCACCGAGCACUAAAGCAUGCAGCAAAGCAUCAGCAAAGACACAGACUUGCAGUACCCCAAAGACUACUUGUUCACCCAGUUUCGACAUACCACAGGCUCUCUCCCUAAUAAGGGUAAAAGAGGUGUCUGUUUCACUCUAUGCUAAUUUUAAAAAGCUCCACAGACGCUGCCUGACCUGCAGGUAUUUCCUGCAUUUUCUCUCUUCGUUUCAGAUUUCCAGCACCUGCAGUUAUUUGCUUUUUAAGUGUCCUCUCUUUAAGCAAUGAGCUAAA